AUGGACUCGCCAGUCCUGAAUCAGCUGUUUCGGCAGCUGUUUCAACAUCCUGCCUGUCGCCAAUCAUGGAGAUCCUCAUCUGCCCUGUCGGGGCGCCGACCGGGUUGCGUGCGCCUGUCAUCCACCCCAUCCCGUCAACAGUCUCGCAACCUCAGUUUCCAAAGUUUUAAGAGACGCCUCUUUGGACAUUCGAAACUAGACCCUGGAACACUAUGGGCCCCGCGAGAUCAGGUCAUGGAAAAUGUCGACAAUUUCGAAGAGCAAUUGCAGGCGUAUCCGUUGGUGACGGCCAAAGAGCUCCGUCAUCAUCGUGAGCGGCCGCGACAAGUGAAGAUGCUGACGAGAGAAUUUAUCGAUGACAGUUUAUACAAUCACAAUUACGGCUACUUCUCGAAACACGCCACCAUUUUCCGCCCCGGAGAGCCAUUUUAUUUCAAUGAGAUCGAGGACGGUCCGGCAUUUUAUCGCAUGCUUGGGCAACGUUACGACGAAUUUGAGGAUCAGUUGGAUGAGACCAAUCCAGAUGUCGCUCGUCAACUGUGGCACACGCCAACGGAGCUUUUCCGACCUUAUUACGGAGAGACGAUUGCACGGUACUUGGUGUCGAACUACAAGUUGACGCUGUACCCCUACCACGACCUGAUCAUAUACGAAAUGGGUGCCGGUAAUGGAACCAUGAUGAUGAACAUAUUGGAUUACAUUCGCGACACAGAUUACGAGGUUUAUCAGCGGACCAAGUACAAGAUCAUCGAGAUUUCGCCGUCACUCGCAUCGCUUCAGAUGCAGAACUUGACCGACUCGCUGGACGCGGCCGGUCACUCAGACCGUGUGGAGAUCAUCAACCGCUCGAUUUUCGACUGGGAUACAUAUGUACAUUCGCCGUGCUUCUUCCUGGCGCUGGAGGUGUUCGAUAACUUUUCCCAUGAUCAAAUCCGCUACGACCUCAAGACGGAGCUGCCUCAGCAGGGUGGAGUGUUGAUUGACGCCAACGGCGAGUUUCUCGAGUACUACAAUACGCAGCUGGACCCGAUUGCUUCUCGCUUUUUGCGAGUGCGCCAGGCUGCGGCGCGACGGAAGUUCCGCACUCCCUUGACCUCCAAGUACAUGAAAUUGAUGCGCAGUCAGCUGCCCUGGCAGGAGGGCCAUCGCUACAGCCUGCCGGAGUAUAUCCCCACGCGGCUCAUGCAGUUCUUCGAUAUCCUGAACACCUAUUUCCCGGGCCACCGCCUGAUCGCCAGUGACUUUGACACUCUCCCGGAUGCCGUUCCGGGUGUGAAUGCGCCCGUGGUGCAGACGCGAUACAAAAGACGGACAGUUCCAGUGUCGACACCAUUCGUAUGUUUCUCUCCCUUCCUUCCGUGUGCUAGGUUGGCCGUAUAUUAA